GCGACACAGUUAGUUCAGCUGCUACGCUUGAUUAGUGCACACACUUCUUCCAACUAUCGUUAUCGACAAUGUCCGAUAGUAAUCGCAGUUUUGUUUAUCGCAGCGUUGGCUAUGUGGCGCGCGCCUUGGCCAUUGCCAGCCUAUUCCUUAUCCUGAGCGCCAUCUACAGGGAGGACGAUGAGCCGGGCUCCUACUAUAUACAUCCCAGGCGAAAUGUGCAGUAACAAAUUGUCACCUUCAGCUUAAGCUACUCUUAACCAUAUAAAUAGCUAUGUAAAUAGUUGUAA